GAUGCGCUGCGUCUUGGUGGUCGGGGGACGGGGGAGCUGGUGAAGAAGCAGCUUACCUGCACCUCCCCUCCUUGAGAUUCUCUCGCGCACUUGCUUCUGAACCUCGAUCCUCUUCGCCUCCAUCUCGCUCCUUCUCCCUUCCUUGAUAUCCUUGAGCGGCGUUCAUCGUUCUCGACUUGUUGCGUCGCUGAAUUUGUUUCUAGCUGUCUACUUUCUUGAAUCCAUCUCAAGACCUCAUCGGGAAGAAGGAGCUUCCAGAAAUCAACGAUGCUUCACUUUCAUCAUAUCUUUGGAUCCGCAGUGAAGCAUUUGUCUCGAGUUGGGGUUGCCUUGGAGACAGCUUCUCCUAAGUUGUUAAUCUCAUCGUUGACAUGUCGGAGCCCCGUCAAAUCUGCUGAGCACAUGGCUGUACGUGGACAUGCCCUACAUGUCUCAGCAAUGCCCAACUUUGUCAGCAAACAGCUGCUGGCUGUGCCUCUACGCACGACCAAGCCGGACAACAUGACAAAGCGCCACAGAGUCACCUGGCUGCAUACGAAAGACCCGUCUAAAAAAAGAGAGCAUGGGGUGCUCCUUGGUCAACUCCGUUCCUUUGAAAAGAAAGAUCUGUUGCAAAUGCGACGAGAUGGCUUUGUACCCGGAGUCAUUCAGGAUUGUGAGGGCAAAAGGACCUACGUGAAGAUCGAUGAGAAAUGUUUGCAGCCCUGGCCAAACAAAUUGAAUGCGGGGUGCAAACUUUUUGAUGUUCGAAUUGAGGGUCUUGAGCCCAUGAAGUGCUUUAUGCGGAAUCUCCAUUACGAUACGGUUUUCGAAGACGUCAUCUACGAUGUACUACUUUUGAAAUUUGAGCCGGAGAAGGGGCAGCAAGUUCUUUUGGAUAUUCCCUUCGUAUCAGUCAACACGGAGAGAUCUCCAGGUUUGCGAAGAGGAGGUUUGUUGAACAUAAGUAUGACAAAGGUCAAGGUCAUCUGUACGUCAUACGAUGUCCCGGAUAAAAUCGAAGUUGACGUGGGAUGGAUGGAAGUUGGCGACAAAAUCUUUGUCAAGAACUUCAAGUUCCCUGAAGGGCUGGUCUUAGCUCCUCUCAAGCAUUACGAGCACGACGUCAUUCUAACUGUCCAACAGACUCGUGCUUCUCUGGGCAAGGAAUAA